AUUAUAAUAAUAUUAAUAUUAAAUAGUUUGCUUUUAAUUUUAGAUCUAGGGAAGGUUACUAUGGUUAGUACGUUAUCAGUGAUUUUACGCGGGACCAAUCUACAACAACUUACGCUAGACCAUGACAAAUUCUAUUAAAUUUGUCAUGCCGUAGACCACGAAUAAAUAUAAGAAUUAUAAUAUUUGUGUGCGGGUCGUGCGGUAGCAGGACGUUAAUGUUAAUUAUUAUUAUUAAUUUAUUAUCUUUAUUUCAAUAUUUCAUACUAUUAUAUUAAAUUUAAUCAGUUAUCAUAACUGUACAGAUAUUUAAUAUUAUUCAAUUUAGUAUCAUGACAUCUAUUUUGUCAUAUUUACUAUUUAGUAAUGUUAUUAUCGUAUAAUAAUUAUUAGUAUAUUACAACUUACCAGUGUUCGACUAACGAGUCACGGGUUUAAAGCCGUAGUUCACUAGUUUUCAUUUUUUAUUCGUACACUAAUAAAUACUUACUUAAAAUUAAAAAACUGUUUUUUUGUAUUUCUGUCAAUCACUUGAUAUUGAGACUAAAUAAUAACUGCAAUAUUUAGAACAGAAAUUUGGAUUUAAUUUAUCCUACCACAGUUGAUGACAUUUUACUUCUCAUUCAUAACUGGUCAACGAUGGCAUACAAUGAUAUGCAUAGACAAUUGUUACAGUAUUUCAUGCACGAAAGAAUGGUUUCUGAAAAAGAUGCUAAAAAGGUGAUUCAAGUCCUGUUUCCCGAGAAAAACAUUGAUAACAUUAUUGAACUAAUAAACUCUAAAAUUUCUCCACUCGAAUUCAAAAUCAACAAAGUGGUAUAUGAACAAAAUGGCAAUGUAGCCUAUGUAUUUAUUGCUACGUUUAUGGAAGAUUUCAAUGCUAAACCGGAUCCAAGCAAAAUAAUCUUUGGCGAACUCGUUAAUCAUAUUUUUGCCUCAGGUGGAUCAGUAACGUAUGACCAAUUAAUGACAUUUUCUAAGAAUAUGUCUGAUACUCAGUUGGAUAACUUUUUUGCAUCAAAAUAUUUGAUUGCUGACGAAGACAAAAAUAUAUUUUUGUCACCAUUGGCAAUUAGUGAAUUGGAAGGGUAUUUGAUCGAACAAUUUCAGGACAAAAGAUGUAUGGGUUGUAUGAGUAUUGUUGGACAUGGUAUCAAAUGUCAGUCUUGUGAAAAAUUUGCACAUGGACAUUGCUUGACUGCAUAUUUUAAAAAUGUGGGCAGCAAGAAGUGUCCCAAAUGUUCUAAGACAUUAGAUGUUAGUUGGAACUCGAUAAAAACAGUCAAUAACUUAUAAUAAAUCUAUUUGAUUUAUGAUUAUUGCCUAAAUGGCUUACUAUACAGUUUAAUAUCUUUUUAAUAUAAUAUAUAAUUUAUAAGACCUUUUGAGUAUAAACAUGUUAUACAUUAAUUUUUAGAUCUUUAAAUUGUUAGGCUAUUUGUUAUAUGUUAUUGUAUAUAAUAUUUAAUUUAAAAUUACAGAGCCGUUGCAUAAAACUGUAUGUUAUUUAUAGACAAAUAGGUAGUUAACUGUAAAUUAAAAAUUAAAUGUAGCAGGCUAAUAUCUAUAAAUGCUUGUCAAAGAAAAAUAUGUCUUUAAUUAAGAGGUAUUUCAAUAAGUAAUAUUAAUUUACAACUUUAUAAAAGCAUUUUGGAAUUUGCUAAUGAUUUGAGUAUUAAUUAUAUAAUUAUUUAAGACUUAUAUAAACAUAAUAGUUAUUAUUUUACCAUGUCUAAUGUUUAAUGUCUAAUGAAUGACUUUAUUAGUACUAAUAUUUUACUGACUUAUACAAUAUACACAAAUGAUAAAAAUAUAUUUCUUGAGUUCUUAUUUACAAUAUUUAGCACCUACACUAUAGUAGCAAUAUAAAAUAUAAUUUCUAUAAAGGUAUGAAAGUAUAACAGC